UUUCCCGAGUGACUUGGAGUCCACAGUCUGUUGUUAUGCGUUUUGUUGGUCAAGCGAUAAUACAAUAUGAAUAUGAACAUAAAUAUAAAUAUGAAGCAUGCCCCACGCAUUCGGAGCCGCCCCAAUGCGGUCACAGAAAGUGAAUCAACAACAACACAUCGUACUCCACCACCUUCACCUGCACCCAUCACCACAGCGGCAGAAGGCAGCAACACUAACGCACUUGUAAAAGGCACCCCCAUUACAAGUGAGGAUCCCCAGCGACCACUAAGGUGCCUGGAAACACUAGCCCAGAAGGCGGGCAUCAGCUUCGACGAGGAUUUUGCCAAGAGUCCAUCACAAUCGCCCAGCACCAGGGCAGCUCGUGGAGCAGCCGGAACGCCAGGAACCAUCAGGCGGCGCCAUCCACUGUUGCCGCUUACCAGCAGCUCACCGAGUACACCCAACACGAAGACACGCGGCCCUAAGCUGGAGAAGUCACAGAGUCCCGCCCAACAGGUGGCGGCCGCCACCACCGUGCCGCUCCAGAUUUCCCCCGAGCAGCUGCAGCAAUUCUAUGCGAGCAAUCCCUAUGCCAUUCAGGUGAAGCAGGAGUUUCCCACGCACACGGCUGGCGGCGGGGGAACCGAGCUGAAGCAUGCAACCAACAUCCUGGAUGUUCAGCAACAGAUGCAACUCCAGCAGCAGCUCUCGGAUGCCAGUGGAGGGGGAGGAGCAGGCGGAGGAUCAUCUGGAAAUGCAGGAGCAGCAGGAGGAGCACCUAGUCCAGCCAAUUCCCAGCAGUCCACUGCCAUCAGCACCAUGUCACCGAUGCAGUUGGCGGCGGCCACCGGCGGAGUGGGCGGUGAUUGGUCGCAGGGUAGGACAGUGCAGUUGAUGCAGCCCUCGACCAGCUUCCUGUACCUGUCGGGCAAUAUAUUGCAGCCAGGUGGCCUCGGCCAGCAGCCCAUUCAGGUGAUCACCGCCGGCAAGCCCUUCCAGGGCAACGGCCCGCAGAUGCUCACCACCACGCCGCAGAACGCCAAGCAAAUGAUCGCGGGCCAGGCGGGAUUCGCCGGCGGCAACUAUGCCACCUGCAUUCCCACGAACCACAACCAAUCGCCCCAGACGCUGCUAAUCUCGCCGAUGAAUGUCAUCUCCCACUCUCCGCAGCAGCAGCAGAACCUGCUGCAGUCGAUGGCCGCCGCAGCGCAGCAGCAGCAACUCACUCAGCAGCAGCAGCAACAGCUCAACCAGCAGCAGCAGCAGCUCACCCAGCAGCAGCAGCAACAACAACAGCAGCAGCAGCAGCAGCUGGCUGCUCUGGCCAAAGUGGGGGUAGAUGCGCAGGGCAAGCUGGCCCAGAAAGUGGUUCAGAAGGUGACCACCACUAGCAGCACGGUGCAGGCUGCGACGGGCCCGGGAUCCGCUGGGUCGAACCAGGCCCAGCAAGUGCAGCAGGUCCAGCAACAGCAGCAGCAGACCACCCAAACCACCCAGCAGUGCGUCCAGGUCUCGCAGUCGACGUUGCCAGUCGGAGUGGGCGCCCAGUCUGUUCAGACUGCCCAGCUCUUGAACGCGGGCCAGGCGCAAAUGCAGAUCCCCUGGGGAUUCUGGCCGAAUGCGGCAGGUCUGCAGCCUUUCGGCUCCAACCAGAUCAUCCUCCGGAACCAGCCAGACGGGACGCAAGGCAUGUUCAUCCAGCAGCAGCCCGCGACCCAGACCCUGCAGACACAGCAGAACCAAAUCAUCCAGUGCAAUGUGACCCAGACUCCCACCAAGGCACGAACCCAGCUCGAUGCACUCGCUCCCAAGCAGCAGCAGCAGCAGGGAAGCACCACCAACCAGACGCAGCAGCAGCAGCUGGCCGUGGCCACUGCCCAGCUGCAACAGCAGCAGCAACAACUCACAGCAGCUGCUCUGCAGCGGCCGGGAGCCCCGAUCAUGCCGCACAAUGGAACUCAAGUGCGUCCGGCCAGUUCCGUGUCCACCCAGACAGCGCAGAAUCAGAGUCUGCUGAAAGCCAAGAUGCGCAACAAGCAACAGCCGGUGCGACCAGCUUUGCCCACCUUGAAAACAGAGAACGGCCAGGUCGCGGGCCAGAACAAGGUGGUCGGUCACCUAACCACCGUGCAGCAACAGCAGCAGGCGACGAAUCUCCAGCAGGUGGUCAAUGCGGCGGGCAACAAAAUGGUUGUGAUGAGCACGACGGGCACUCCCAUCACCCUCCAGAAUGGACAGACCCUUCAUGCAGCCACUACGGCGGGAGUGGACAAACAGCAGCAGCAGUUCCAGCUGAUUCAGAAGCAGCAAUUCCUGCAGCAGCAAAUGUUUCAGCAGCAGAUUGCCGCCAUCCAGAUGCAGCAGCAGCAGGCGGCAGUUCAGGCGCAGCAACAGCAACAACAGCAGCAGCAGCAACAAGUCUCCCAGCAGCAGCAGCAGGUUAAUGCUCAGCAAGCGGUGGCGCAACAGGUGGCGCAAGCUCAGCAACAACAGCGGGAUCAGCAGCAGCAAGUUGCCCAGGCCCAAGCGCAGGCGCAGGCGCAGCAGCAGCAGCAGCAGCAGGCACUCGCCAAUGCCACUCAGCAGAUCCUGCAGGUGGCUCCCAACCAGUUCAUCACAUCCCACCAGCAACAGCAGCAGCAGCAGCUGCACAACCAACUGAUUCAGCAGCAACUGCAGCAACAGGCGCAGGCUCAGGCACAAGUUCAGGCCCAGGUGCAGGCCCAAGCGCAGCAACAACAGCAGCAGCGGGAGCAGCAACAGCAACAGCAGCAAAACAUCAUCCAGCAGAUUGUGGUCCAGCAGUCGGGCGGAGCGACCGCCCAACAGCAGCAGCAAGCACAACAGCAAUCUGGACAGCUGCAGCUGAGCAGCGUGCCCUUCUCGGUUUCUUCGACGACGACUCCAGCCGGAAUAGCCACCUCCAGUGCCUUGCAGGCAGCCCUCUCCGCCUCAGGCGCCAUCUUCCAGACGGCCAAGCCUGGCACGUGCAGUUCCUCCUCCCUCCCCACCAGCAGUGUGGUCACCAUUACCAACCAGAGCAGCACUCCCCUGGUCUCCAGCAGUACGGUGGCUAGUCUGCAGCAGGCACAGGCACAGGCUCAAGCUGCUCAAAUCCACCAGCAGCAGCAGCUGAUCAGCGCCACCAUUGCAGCGGCCUCUCAACAGCAGCAGCAGGGACAUCCUUCACUUACACCCACCACGCCCUCUCCCACCACAAAUCCCAUUCUGGCCAUGACCUCGAUGAUGAAUGCCACGGUGGGCCACCUGUCUACUGCCCCGCCCGUGACUGUUUCUGUGACUAGCACCGCUGUCACUCCAUCGCCGGGUCAGCUGGUCACCCUCAGCAGUGCCAGUAGCGGAGGAGGAAGCUUUCCGGCCACGCCCACCAAGGAGUCACAUUCAAAAGGACCCACCGCCACCCUGGUGCCCAUUGAUUCGCCCAUGACGCCGGUAUCGGGACAUGACACCUGCACCACACCCAAAUCCUCCACUCCCGCCAAUGUCAGUGCACCCGUGGAGGCCAGUAGUUCCACGAGCGAGGCUCUGCCCAACGGAGAAGCUUCAGAUCGAGCUUCCACGCCCUCGAAAGUCGCCACCACUCCCACUAGUAAACAAAGCAAUGCAGUGCAGCCAACGAGCAGCAGCUCCACCCCCACCAGUGCCAGUGGGAAGGAAGAACCCAAGGUGGCAGCCUCCGUCGGUUCCACGUCCGCGACAUCCACUCCAACGACGACAACGAUCACCAAUGGAAUUGGAAUGACCAGAACGACGGCAGGUAGCACUGCUGGCUCAACCGCUUGUACAACCACCACCAGCUGCAGCUCUUCAACCACAAGUUGCACGAGCACUACCACAACCACCACGUCGAGCAACAGCAAUGGGUCCAAGGAUCUGCCCAAGGCGAUGAUAAAGCCGAAUGUCCUAACCCACGUCAUCGACGGUUUCAUCAUACAGGAGGCCAACGAGCCCUUCCCCGUCACCAGGCAGCGCUAUGCUGAUAAGGACGUCAGCGAAGAGCCUCCAAAGAAAAAGGCAGCCAUGCAGGAGGACAUGAAGCCAAGUGGAAUAGCGUCAGCUCCAGCCUCGGACAUGGUGGCUUGCGAGCAGUGCGGCAAGCUGGAACACAAAGCAAAGCUUAAGCGAAAGCGCUACUGCUCGCCAGGAUGCGCUAGACAGGCGAAGAACGGCAUCGGAGGAGUUGGAGGAACCGGAGAGACCAACGGCCUGGGAAUGGGCGGAAUUGUUGGAGUGGACGCCAUGGCUUUGGUGGACAAACUGGAUGAAGCUAUGGCCGAGGAAAAAAUGCAGACGGAAGCCCUGCAGGCAAUGUCCGAAUCUCUGCCCAUGCAGGCGGCUCCAACGGAAGUUCCAUCGAUCACAAUGCCAGUACUAUCUGCUAUUCCGGCAUCUUCCCCACUUUCGCUGCCCCUUGCACUGCCGUUGCCAGUUGCAAUACUUCCAGCCAUGCCACUGCCAGUGGCCCCAGCUGGAGUAGUCACUCCUGCGGCAGCUCUACCAUCUUCCAACGUAAAUGGAUCGGAUCGCCCGCCCAUAAGCAGCUGGAGUGUGGAGGAGGUGAGCAACUUCAUCAGGGAACUGCCUGGGUGUCAGGAUUACGUGGACGACUUCAUCCAGCAGGAGAUCGACGGCCAGGCGCUGCUGCUGCUCAAGGAGAAUCAUCUGGUACACGCCAUGGGCAUGAAGUUGGGCCCAGCCCUCAAGAUUGUGGCCAAGGUGGAGUCCAUGAAGGAGGUACCGCCGCCAGGCGAUAUAAAGGAUGCGGCGGCCGGAGGAGCGCAAUAGUGUCAGCGGGAUGAGCCAGGUGAGAUGAUGCCUUCGCCCUCGUAUUCCAUUACCCCGCCACCUUAUUCGCCGGUGGGUCCGGGGCCGGACAGGCAAACCGCUCCGUCUCCGACUCCAACUCCGACUCCCACUCCCGCUCCUGCCAGCACUCCGCCAGAGUCUGAGGAUAGCAGCGGGGGCAGUCACCUGUGCUUCGAUCUGACCACGCGCCUCUGCCACGACCUUCGGCUGGAGGAGGAGCCAUAGCUCUGGACCGGGUCCAACCAGGUCCGGCGUCGCCCAUGCUGAAUGUGAUUCACUUGGAGCACGCUGUAGAACCUUUUGUACGUAAUCUAAACUUAACUAGAGGGGUGUUCUCGUAGCUCAAGUAACAGGCCGCCACAUGUAUGAUAAAGCAUAGACUGUUAUCCCAGUCAUCAAUUCAUCAAACUGUAUAGAACUUCACCAUUACUCCUAAGGGCUAACGUAUUUAUUAAAACGUUGUUAGUCAUUACACACAACACCCUAUGGGAAGAGCAUGAAAAAAUCACUUAAACUAGAGGUAAGCUGGGAAUAUAUUUACAGUUAGAAUUAAAGCUUAAGCCUGAAGUAAUUCCUAAGUGAAACUGAAUUGAAUACAACAAGUAAACAUUUAAUUUAUUGACUAAUUAAGGGCAUGUAGAGUAUCGUUUGAAAGAACUCUGGCCGGCAUUGUAAGGUUCCGAAAAUGCAGCUGAACUUCCAUUACUCGUCUUGGACUCGAACGAAGUUGACUUUUUAUUUUUUUUGAAAAAUUUUCUAAAUUUAAAAAUCUUUACUUACUUCACUUUAUUUACUUUUAUUUCUCAAUGAAGAGAACCCUAAACUAUGAACAAAUAAAGUUAGGAAAGUUUGAGUUAUGGAAGUUGGACUGAAUUCACCCUAGGUUAGACACACACAAGCAUAUAAAUAUAUAUUAUAAGGAUAUAUCUAAUUAUUUCGAAAGUUUCGUGGUUGUAUAUUUUUUUUACAAAUCAAUUUUUUUUUUCCUAUUGCUGAACAAAAUAAAAUCUGUCACUGUAUAGUGUU